AUACAGCCUAGUACCUUGUACAGGAGCACUACUGGUACCAGCACAGCCUAAUACCAACCACAGAAACACUACUGUCCCCAACACAUCCCAGUAAACUGCACAGGAGCACCAUUGUUACCAGCACAGGCCAAUACCCUGCACAGGAGCACUACUGGUCCCCGCACAGCAGAUGGACUAUUAGCAUUAUACAGCUGAGCAGCUGAUUUGGGCAUCCCCACACCUCGGCAUUCCAAUACAUUGCUCCUACUCCUGCAGUCGCCACUGCGCAGCCUCCUCCAGGAUCUCAGCCUGGCAUCUGACUAAUCUGGGCCCCCCAACUGCAAGCAGAGCGAAGUGCCAUGUCCUCUGCGGUCCUGCCAGCCAAGCCCGCGGAGCCCCUGGGCUACCAAACAGUGAUGCCCCACUACAGCGGAGCGAGCGAGGAGUACCCCCAGCCCAUCCAGCCCCGGGCGCUGAAGGGUAAGGGCAAGCUGCGGAGAGCCCGGCAGAGCCGCUUUAAGACCCAACCGGUCACCUUCGAUGAGAUCCAAGAGGUGGAGGAGGAAGGCUUGUCACCCACUGAGGAGGAGAAAGCCAGAAAGUCCUUCCUGCAGUCCCUGGAGAACCUGAGAAGGAGCUCACACAGCAUGCACCUCCAAAGGGACAAGCUCAGCAGCUGCAAACUCCGCCACAGCCUGGAUUCCAGCGACUCAGACUCUACCCUGUGAGUUGGCAACCCCUUCCAACCCCCAUGGCAAACAGAGGGUUAAUUGUCCCUCCAAGAAGCCCCAGCUUUCCAGCUAAAAGAGCUUUUCCAUGUGCUGCCACUGGGGACCACUAGAGGGCGCAGCAGGGGCCAGUAGCCAACACAGCUGGACUGGGCUAUUAACUAUGUGAUGUCCAGGGUGGCAUGGACCCUGAUAUGGCACCUGGCAUUGAAGGAGUUAAACCAUUGACUGGACUCUUAAGUGGCUAAUGUAAGUUUGGCAGUGAAGGAGUUAGGUGUCUACUUUGGACUGAAUGGACAAGUAGGUUACUUGUUGGGAAGGGGGUCCAAAGUCUGAUUUUUGCAAAACCCCCUCCUCCAGGGUGUGCGCUCUAGCUGUGUAUAGUAAACGGUUAAAGCUAUUUUUGUAAAAUUUAGAUAAAAAGGCGAGGAAAUCAUAUAUGUAUAAAUUAUUUAUUUUUGCACCUGCAACGCUUGUCUCCAUUUGUUACCUAUAUUUGUAUAAAGAUCUAUUUACAUUGAAAUUUAUUUUAAAUAAACACCAUGGCAA